CCAACCCGGCGGAGAGGGAUAUAUCGUCUUCUAGUCGGGAGCUUCGUUACUAGUUAAAUUGUUGGUAUUGGAGUUCCCGAUUGGAUAAAAAGAUUUCCAUCUCCCUCCAGCGAUGGCCUUUAAGUGCCACUAUGUUUAAAUUGGUAGACGUACUAUUGUUUAAUACAUAGAGCGGCGUGGAGGUAGCACGCCGGGUGGAGAUUAAAAACGCCUUUUGCCAGUACUAAAAUCGCACUAUGCCGAAAUAAAAGUAUUAUAUAUCUUGCCAAUUCUUGUCAUAUAAAUGGUCAAGCUCCUAUGGUUAAUAUAAUGUCACUAUGAUUUCGAAUUACUAGUGAGUCAAAUAUAAUUGUGAAGAGUGAAGUAAG